UAAAAGCUAAUCGAUUUUUUAUGUAACUGUAUUAUCAUAAUCAUGAUACUAAUUUUAAUGCGAAUAAUAAUAUUUUUUUUUUAUUAAAUCAAUAAAUGAAGAAAUUCGUAUUAUAGGUAUAUACAACUUAGAAUAACUCAGCUAGUGCAUUGUUUAAUUUCAUGGAUAAUUUGAAUUUCUUUAUCGUGCAAUUAUUUUUUUCUAUUAGGUACCUAGGUUUUCUACGUAUAAUUUAAAACAAGACUAACUUUUUAUUAUUCAAUAGACAUGCAGUAUUUAACAAUUAAGGUUUCAGUCAUUCUGUUGUGUGUCAUAUCUAUACAUAAGGUGCGUGACAGUUAAAUACUAUUAACUCGACAAAGUUAAAGAUUAUAUUAUUAAAUUAAUUCCCAUAGAGCAUUUGUAGAGUGUUUUUUGCAAUUAAACACGUUUUUUGUGUUCGUUAUAGUUCUAAAGCUACUAGCUAACCUUACAUAAAAUAAGCUGGACUUACUAACUUUCUUCCAUCCAACCUUUAAGUGUUGUUUAUUAAAGAAUUCACCUAUACUAUACCAUGCUCCAAAUUCAGUGUUUUCUUUAAAGUGCUCGGAUAAGAUCGAUGAUAAAUACUACUUAGCAUCGGAAGCGUAUCACUUUGCAAACGAUUUGUUCCUACAAAGCCGCAAAUGGUACAAUCUGGUGAAACAGCAAUCACUGGACUCAUUUCGCACUUUCCUCGAUGUUGUGAGGAUAAUGAACGAUGUAAUGGCUCGAGAGAUACGAGGUGCGGUGAUAAAAUAUUACAGAAUCAGACAUCUACAUGAUUUUACGAACUAUAUCAUAUCGUUGGAGGAUGUAAUGGAAAUUGUAGAUCAUUGUUUGUUGGACCCUGUUGAGAAACUACAGCAAACUAGUAUUCAAUUUGAAGAGAUUAUUAAAAACUUCGAAGACACGAGGACUUUUGAGUUAGUGGAGAAGUGUCGGGAUCAACUACCGGAUGAAGUUGCCGUGGCCCACUGUAUGCUGCAUCAAGCUGUUGUAUUCAACGAAACCAUGAGAGAUAGUCUGAUUACAAUUGUGGGAGCCAAAACUCGACAGAAUGCUGUUGAUGUCAACCAAACUGUAUUCAGAGUUCAUACUUGUCUCACUUACUUUGUACCAAAUAUUUUCAAUCAUUUGCUUAUAAAAACAUACACUGACGAGUGUGACUAUCUCAAAAUGAUAGUAACGUCUAUAACGGAUCUAUUGAAUGGAAACAAAAAUGUUAUUUAUGAUCAGAAAUGGAGCCAUAUUGUAAAAGCACUUAACAUAGAACUAAAGAAAACCAUGUUUAUAUCAAAACAGUCCUUGAAAUCAUAGACACAUUAAUAUCAACAUAGCUGCAUUUUGUAAAGUAAUGUGUUUAACGUUCUUUUGAAUUACCAAAAUUAAAUCUUUG